GACUUGAUUCGACCAAAUACAUUUAGGCUACUAUAGCCUACGUAAUCGAAAGUGUUAGGAGUUUAACCCCCUCUCACUUUGUGCCUUCUGAAAACCAACAUUUAACAGAAUGGAAGCAUACAUACGAUUUUCGCGCAGUAUGGCCAUGUUGGAGACCACUUGGCUGUUAUGAAGCUGUAAAAGGUUUCCGUAUUGCUUUAUUUGUUUUCCGUCUUCUGCGUUUCAAUGACCAAGCUAGUUGAUGGUGGUGCGCAAUUCUCCGCGCUUGGUGUCGGGGGCUUUGGAAUACCAAGACAACAUGAACCGGGGGACAACGACCUUCGGUUAGGGAUCAGCCCGUAUGGAGAGACCUCUCACUUCACAGCCUUCAAUCUCAUUGCCGCGUGUCAAGACAUUGCCCCCGCACAGAAGUCCCAGUUUAUUCCCCAAGUCUCUGGAUACGCAGCUGCGCUAGGAAGCCACUACGGAGGCCACAUCGGCUCACAUGGAUACAGAGCUAUCGAUUCCAGGAAUUUUACGUUUACCUAUCGCACUCCAGACAUAGUCGAUUCCGCAGCAAGAGAUACUCGGCACGGAUUUUUCAGCCGCACCGCAACAGGAAGUGUGCGAAUUCCCCCAAGGAUCUCUGAAAACCGAGCGCACACUCUAUUUUCGUCUAUAGGUGAACAGAGCGCAUCCCCAAAUGGAUACAUGGCGAAUAGCAGGGCGCAUUUGGGUACACAGGGAGACAUAUACGUGGGAGCAGAUCCGCAUCAACCUGUCUCGGGCCCGCACCCGCAUUUCAGUGAUACCCAGCGACACUUUGAUCACAAUGUGGACAUGGGCAUGAGAGUGACUACACAGACUGGUCACGGUGCUUUCUUUCGAUACAUGCGACAGCACUCUCAGCAGGAUGUCACUUGUAAAUGGAUAGAUGCGAAUCAGACGAAUCAACUCCAAAAAACGUGCGGCAAGAUGUUUUGCUGUAUGUCCGAGCUGGUUACGCACCUCUCCAUGGAUCACGUCGGCGGUCCAGACCAGAGUCUGCAUACUUGCUUUUGGGAGGAUUGUCCGAGAGAAGGCAAAUCUUUUAAAGCGAAGUAUAAAUUAGUCAACCACAUGCGUGUACACACUGGAGAAAAGCCAUUCAAUUGUCCCUUUCAUGGCUGUGGGAAAAUGUUUGCCAGGUCGGAAAAUUUGAAAAUACAUAAAAGGAUUCAUACGGGUGAGAAACCCUUCAAAUGCGAAUUCGAAGGCUGCGACAGGCGGUUCGCAAAUAGCAGCGACAGAAAAAAACACAUGCACGUUCAUACCUCAGACAAGCCAUACAUCUGCAAGCUGUGCGACAAAGCCUACACUCAUCCCAGCUCUCUGAGGAAACACUCGAAGGUUCACAAAUCUCAACCCUCGGAGAACUCCCCAACGGGAACUUCUGGAUAUGAGUCGUCCACGCCACCAGCUCCGUGUAGACCUACAUCCUCAACCAUCGAAGACUCGACAAAAACGUCCAUGCUGCUGGUCAAACGUCAUAAGUCAAUAUUCAAAGAGGAUCUCUCAACCAAUUUGGUUGAAUGGUACGUUUGAAAGGUUUAACUGUCCAAGUGUAAACACUAAAACGUCAAUAGAAUUAGGAACACAGGCCUAUAGGCCUACGUUUGCCAAGUUUUCAACAAAGUUACAGAAAACACAGGGUAUAGGCCUAUGCAUUGCCUUAGUGUUAUGCUUUAAAGGCGCCAUCAUAAAAUUGAGUCAUUUUGGAGUCAUUUUUAUUCUGUGUCCUCCCUCCCAAAUGUUUGGAAAAGUCUUAUCCUUGGAAUAGACUACACAUUGACUGUAUAACAGAUGAAAAUGUGACCCACACAAAGCCUUUAAAUUAAUAGACAGGCCUCUAUAUAAGCCUAUGGGCUACUGAUAAAUAGACAAAUAAAUGAAUACACGAUGAAAGACAAAAAUAUACGAAAUGAAUAAGCAAAAGCCAAAUAGGCCUAUAGAAACCAAGUGUAUGAAAAAGAAAUAAGGAAUGCACAUGACCGAGGAAAUGUAUGAAUAAAUAGAGUUGAAGAACAGUCUAGUCUAAUUUGCAUGUUAAUAGGCUAGCGCUAGCCUAUUUUAGCUCUUUUGUCAGAAUCCGUUUUAAGACAGAAAAAGAUAGGUCUACUGUGGUCGACAUUCCAUGUCGCCUUUAGAAAAGAACAUAAAAAUGAAUGGCUUUAUUUCUCUAUCUUGAAAUAUACAGUUUAUAAUAUCAUUUAUUUAAUUGUAUUUUUGUUGGAACGUAUUAUAAUGUUGGUGUAUACAUUUACGGAUAUAAAUAAAUCAAAUACAAAUUAUAUUUCUAUCACAUUCAUAAGAGGCAGGCAACUUCAGUCAAAGCUUUAAUAAGAAAUAUGUUUAUGAGAAUUUUAUACGAUGUUGAGUCUAAUAACUUAGAUAAGAUAACAUCCAUUUGUAUAGAUGUUUAGGCGUUUAUUUUUUAGAUGUUGGAGGGGUAGCCUACCUUUUGCUAAAAGAUUCCCAUGAUCCAUUAUUUGAGGACAAUGCUAAAAUUGACAACCCAUUACUGCCCACAAGACACAAAAUAAUCUGAAAGUAUUCAGUUGAACAUCAAGGGAAAGAUUUUAAACAAGCAAUUUAAAUACAUCUGGUAUAGGCCUAGUAUGUUGUUCAGCUCGUCAAACUAGCAUCAGAUUCAGACUCAGGUAGGCAUCUGUUGUUUCCCCCGCUGGAAUUCAAAAAUGAAAUGAAAGCUAAAUGUAAACUACCAUAGAACAAGGCAAAAGUUUAAUAAAUAUCAGGAAGAAUAAAAUAAAUUACAUAAAUCUGACCUUUUAAAAAAAAAAAAUGGUGGCCUUUAAUUUAUGGCUCGUUGAUUUGUUGGAAAGGAUCCCAUCCGUGCGGUCUAUCCCAAAUGGCCAAUAAAUUGUUUCUACUUUAAUUUAGCGUUCCCUAUUAUUUAUCAUGAUGCUGUACAUUGUGUAGAUCCGUACACUAAUCUGCUCUCAAUGUAGCCUAUGAGAUAUCAUCUGCUUAGAAAAUGAAGAAAUUGUGUUGAAAUGCCUGGAUAUCCUUCAUCAGAUUAUUACAAUGAAUGCACUUUUGACGAUGAGCACGGGAGCAGAGAGAACCCAUAUUUAAAUCAAUGCACUGCACCGUUCAUGUAUUAUCUAUUGCAAGUGUUUCUUUUACUGUUGGCCUUGAACGGGCACACAACACUUACUCACCUCCUCAGCCUACCCUUCAUCUCUAUUCGUCUAGAUCUGCUGGCUUAGCUCGCACUACGUUCUAAGAGGAUCAACCGAUAUAAGCAGUUUCCAACGGCCCUUUGUCACGCAAGUGUCUGUGUCAUCGUUGAGGGGGUCUAGUCGUGCUGAUUUCUAAAGGAUAGCCUGGCUGUGCCAAUGUCAACAGACUUCCUGUCGGUUUUGGGGGACAACUUCACAAGUAUCAAAUGUAUACUCAGUAAUAUCACCGCAAUUUCACAAGCGAUUGAGUAAUCAUGCUUCCCACAUAUUUGAUUUCAAUUUAUUUAUUUUUUCAAAAUUCCCCCAUAUCUUCAUCUUCCCUGUUCUCCUGCUUCCUCUUCACCACAAUCAUCCUCAUUGCCCUCCACGGCACUGUUCUGAGGAAACUCCUGUCAUAGGAGAGGAGCAGUCAGCCAUGGUGGUGGUGGUGGUGGUGGUGGUGAAGGUUGUGGUGACAGGCUCGAGCCUGCAGUAAUUGCACCCCUGCUGAGGUGCUGGCCUGUCUUGGAUCAGGGCCCAGCAGGAGGGGGGCCCCUGACCCUGCAACCAUGGAAACAGCCAGGGGAGGAGGAGGAGGCGAGGGGCCUAACCAGUCACAGACUAAGACUGGCUCUUCUCUCAUACUCACUCAACUGAACAAAAAUGAAUCUUCCACCUCUUUGGAACAUUUGGGAGAGGAGAAACCGAUGAGCAAAUAUGAAAUUCCAUCUACAGUUGAGGCUGAAGAGGAGGGAAGGGAAGUUGAAGAGACCUAGCAUUCACAAAACCGUUUAUAGUCAACUAUUAUUUGAUUAUCUGAAGAAAGAGAAAAAUAAACUAUUUGUAAAACA